AUGGACGUGCUCCCUCGUGCGGCUGAUUCUGCAGCGCACUUGCCCGCCUUCCCUUCAUCCCACAAUGCACCAGGGCCGGUGGGGGGAUCUGAUGCCGGCAAGGUGUCCCUAGUGGUGCGCAGGCAGGCCUCUCGAUGGCGGUCCGCAGUGCAGGAGGGGCUGCUGGCAUUCAGGGAUGUGGCCAUAGAAUUCCCUCAGAAGGACGGGGGAUGCCUGCGCCUCCCUCAGCGGGAAGUGUACGGGGAUGUGAUGCUAGAGAACUAUGGACACCUCCUCUUCUUGGGUGACGAUGACCUCCUGACAUUUCAGGUCUGUUUCUCAUCCUACAAAGUGGAUGCCAUUGUUUCGACUUCUAGAGAUCGUGGUUAUUCAGGUGGUAACGUGGACCUGGAAAGUCACGCUGAGGGGAAGAAGGAGGUGGAAGCCGAUGACGUGAUGAGGAGUGGCCCCCGACCUAUAGUCCCGUACAGCUCCAUGUUCUGUUUAAGCCCCACCAACCUGCUCCGCCGCUUCUGCCAUUACAUCGUGACCACGCGAUACUUUGAGAUGGUCGUUCUCGUGGGCAUUGCCCUGAGCAGCAUCGCCCUGGCGGCCGAGGAUCCUGUGCGGACAGACUCACCCAGGAACAGCACUCGGAAACACACGACAACAUUUUCACAGGCGUCUUUACUGUGGAGACAAUGACAGAGGUGGG